AUGAACGUUAGCGAUGCCGUUGCUCGUCAGCUGGAAAAACGGCUCCGACACGAUGCCUCCUAUUGGAUAACGAUAUUGGAUUUGGAUAUCACCUGUUUUCUGGUUGGUGGCAUGGAAAGGACGGAAACGGCACAGUCUGUCAGUAGAACGCCUAGCUCAAUAGCCUCAAGGUCGAUCAGUUUUACGAACUGCUUUUCGUCUAAAAUUCGAAACGAAAUUGACAAUUAUAGUCUAAAGUUUUCUAACAUUGGUUGGAUCGAUUUUCCUCAUUUUUUCUUCAGCAAAACCAAAAUAACCGAGAAAUGGUUGGACGCUCAGAGCGAUGGGACGGCUGCGCUUCACACACUCCCGUCCUGUAUGUCGUUGUGUGAUCUGAAAAACGACAACUACUACCAGUUGGUGGUGGUUGACAUUCCACUGUCCGAUUUCGACUCCAAACCGAAACUGAAAGUCUACAAAGGAACAAACCUGACCAGUGAACACAAUCUCCCCGGAAUACCGUCCGCCGUGGAAAGUCUCUACAUCAACGAUCAGGAACCUAGAACUCCUAUAAUUGCCGUAGCCAUAGGGCCCUCGGUGCUGUUCUACCGGAACAUGAAACCCUACUACAAGUACACUAUUCCCGGAUUGAGCAUCGAUCCGGUAGAAAUUGACCUGUGGAAAAAGUUACCAGCCGAACGUCCGGAAAAUGUAGAUAAACUGAUCGAUAAUCUACGAACUCUGAACUUCAGUCAAUUGACCGAACUGUCGCAAGAGUUACUCGUAAUGACAGAAGACAAACGGGACGGCUUCAUCCGGGAAAACGCCGAUCGUCAACUGGAACGUCUGUCUGUGAUCACCGCAAUGGCCUCGUUGAAAAAGGCAACCAAUGAAAGUAAAUCCGUCUGUUGUCUUAUUCUGGCUACGGAAGCAGGUGACAUCUUGAUCCUGGACACGCAAGCAUUCGGAGUUCUCCACCAGGCUCGUGCUUGCUCUUUUCAGGGAACCCCGAGUAUCAUAUCGGCCAGUGGUCAGUAUGAUAUCGACUUCCGAAUGGUGAUCGCCACUCGGGAAGGGUCCCUCUGUCUACUGCGCAAAGGUUGGCUGGUUGGUCAGCACAUUGUGAAACUGGAACACUCUGCUUCCGGUUUAACACUGUUGCCAAUUGAUCAGACAAUCGUCGUAGUUUGCAUGAACAACAGUUUGCUUUGCUACUCCAAGAAGGGCAGGAAGCUCUGGUCGGUGACGUUGUCACAGCCGGCGGUUUGCAUGACUCCGGUUUGUCUGCCGCAUCUCGGUAUUACUCUGGUUUGUGUGGCACUUCGUGGAGGUCUCGUGCAGUUUUACUGUCAGAAGAAGCUAGUCGAUCAGUUUUACGCUCCGGAGACGGUUUCGGCGUUGACUUUUGGACGACUCGGUCAAGAAGAACAUGUACUGAUUCUUGUGACAUCUGACGGGUCGUUGAUUGUGAAGAUUCUGAAGCGCACGGCCGAAUUCGCAACUACGGAAGAUCCCUACGAAAUCAAAUCGGCGAAUGAAGAAGCCUCCGGAAACCUGCAGAUUCCGAAGAAGACGAAGGUUUUUGUCGAACAAACCUUACGGGAGAAAGAACACGCCGCAGCGAUUCACAACUCUUUUCAAUCCGAACUGUGGAGGAUGCGGCUGACAGCAGCACGCGCAACGGUGGACGUGAUCAGUUCAGCCGACAGUAACAUUUCGGGAGACGUUGGGCUGGCAGCGAUCAAGCUGGCCGCCGAAGUACUGGGAUUGGGACCGGUGUUCAAGUUAUUCCUAAUACUGGAAAACAUAUCGACCCGGAAGGAAGCUAGCGGGUUGAACAUGUUGAUACAAGCGGACCAUCGUCAUUACCAAGUGGAAAGACCGUACUUGCGGCUACCAAUGCUGGUACCGGCGGCACCGUUGAAGCUGGACUUCAAGGUGACAGUCGUUAUCGAUCCCAGCGAUGGUCUGGCGCCGAUUGAUUUGACCCCGGAAAACUCCUUCGUUCGGGUGCUGGUCUUCAAAACUGGACAUACUAAGCCCCUGAUAGCUUCAACCGUGGUGAUGCCUCAACCGGAACCGCAACUACUGAACACUUUUUAAUCGGAGCAAUCGAUUUGUCGCGGCGUUCUUCUGAUUAUUUUACUGCAAAACUACAUUUUUUCAAGACAGGCGAUUUUUAUGUAUUAGAUAUAGGUAUAUAUGGUAAGUGCGUCCAGACAAAUAA